UUAAAAGCUCCAAAAUGUUGGCAAAAGAAAAAAAAAAUUAAUUUCAUUUUUAACUUUCAAGUUCCAAUAAACUUAAAACUAUGAUUGGUGCAAUUGGAUAAGAUGGUUUUUUAGCCUUUAAAUGCAUGAUAGGAAGUGUUAAUUAAUUUUUAUUUGCUGAGUUUCUAAGUGAGUUAUUAAGUUUACUCCAUCACACUCGCUAGGAAAAUGAUUAUGGUCUUAUUUUAGACAACGCAACAAUUCAUAAGUCAUAGAGGAUUUAAAAAUAUUACAACUCUUUAAUCAUCUAUAUCUAUCACCUUAUAGUCCAUAAUUAAAUUGUAUAGAGCAUCUUUGGGCUUAGGUCAAGCUAUAGUUGAGUAGAAAAUAAGCAUUUUUUUCAAUAGUUUGGAAGAAUGACGGUGCAAAUACAUCAUGUAUCGAUAUUUUCCAGU